GGGAAAUGGAAGACUUCGAAGGAAACGAUGAAGAGGAUCAGGCAUGCUGGAAUAUUACGCAGGACGAUUCCUACACCGUAUUGACCGGAAAAUACGAAUCAAUGAAUCCUGAUUAUCUCGAAGACGAUGACGACGAGCAGAAUGAUUUUUUAGAAAAAUAUCUGCUGUCGAUGAGUCCGAUAAUCGAGAAAAACACCAAGGAUCGAGGUGAAAAGGGAAAGAAGGGAACGUUGAGAACGAUGCCAAGAAGACUGCAUGACGUCAGCGUCAAGUGCAGCGAUUCGACCGAGGAAAUAGUCGGAUCACCGUCGGAAGUUGCCUUGCGAUUGAACGAUGCAAUCCAGCAUUAUUUACCACGGAGGAAGACAAAAAUCGAGAAAGAAGUGAGCAAGGAAGCAGCUGUUUGUCUGGAUGAGGAAUUCGGAAAAGAUGAAGAAUCAGUGGUGAAUAAUUGUCCCGACGAGGAGCCACCUUGCCCUCCUGCACCUCCUGGCUGUCCGGGAACCUACGAUCGAAUUCGUAAAAGAAACGUUCCGUGCGCCGUUGCACCUACCAUACGCGAGAUCGCCCUUGGCAGAAGAGUGCCGCGUCCACAGGGAGGCUUAUCGACCGAGAAUAGCUACGAGCAGAGUUAUAGUGCUCAGCCGAUCGACAAAGUUAAACCCAGUGGUGACAGGGAAAGUUGUUGCUGUUCCAAAAAGAAGAAACGGGAAGGCAAAAAAUCUCCACCACCUCCUCCAAAAUCUUGCUGCACUUCACGGCCGACAAAAUCUAACAAAAAUGUAACAUUUACACUUUGA